AUGGACGCGCUGAACUGGGCGUUCCUGUCCGCCACUUCGGGGGAGAUGUUGCUGCGGUGCUACGUAGAACGCUCGCGAGCCUUCCGGAGCGGCUGGCACUGCAUGGAUGCCGUCGUGCUGUGCUUGUCCAUUGCCGCCGAGGCGGCUGUUCUCCUGAUAGGGUCGGGCCUGCUGCUGGCGAGCGUGUUCCGCGUCCUCCGCGUGAGCAGGCUGCUGAGGUUCCUGCACACGUUGGAGAGGCUGAGCUUCUUCAGGCAGCUGAGGAAGCUGAUCCAGAUGUUUGCAAGCUGCCUCCAGACGCUGUUCUGGUCGUUCUGCCUCACGCUCCUCGUCAUGACCAUGUGGGCCAACGUGGCCGUGGUGCUGCUGCACCCGCUGGUCGCGGAGCUGCAGAGCCAGGGCGCGUGGCCCGACUGCCAGAGCUGCGGGCGCUCCUUCGCCUCCGUCAUGCGGGCGAACCUGACCCUCUUCCAGAUCAUCGUCGCCUCGGAUAGCUGGGGCGAGGUUGCCGUCCCUCUCAUUGAGACGCACCCGUGGACAGCCGUGGUCUUCGUGGGUGCGCUCUGGACGCUCAUCUUCGGCAUGCUGAACCUCAUGGUGGCCGUCGUUGUCGAUACGUUCGCAGAGGCCAGGGAGAACGACCUGAAGGACCGGUCCCGGGAGCUGGCGCAGCUGGAGGCGAGGGAGAGGGAGGCUCUGGACCGCAUCUUCCGAAGGAUCGACCAGGGCGACACCGGCUGCGUGACCUUCGCCGACCUGCGGCGCGGCGCGGAGGCGGUCCCCGAGUUCAAGCAGAGGCUGCGGGUCAUGGACGUGGGCCUCCGGGACCUGCAGCAGCUCUUCAGCAUGAUCGACGAGGACCCAGACCUCCAGCGCCCCCAACAAAAUAGCACGCACGUGCUUCAUUCGUUUCGACCUCUGGAGGCCGCUUCUGUCGUCACGCGGGAGCCAUGUGGGGCCAUUGUGAGCACUGGUGCAAGGGCUUCUUCGUCUACGCAGCAGCGUGGGCCCAUCGAAAUUCGCAGGCCCCGCUGA